UGUAAAAUCAGUCUUGUUACACCAUAUCGAAAUCAGUAAAUGAUCACAGAUGUAUUUGUUUGCAACAAUCAUUCCAAAGAUAUUCGUAAGUGUUUGCUAAAAGCCGCUGAGCAGUGUUGUGUGUGGGACCUGGGAAGAUCAUUUAAUUGCUGGAAUGUAGACACAUGUGUCAGCACAACAAAAUUUCGUUCGUAACGUGAGAUAAGUGUGUAACGACUGCUGGUGAUCCAUUCGUUUGAUACGCAAACAACAUAAAACCCACAUGUUCCAGUACAAAGUCUUAUUAAGGUGAUAAAUAAAUAUGAACUACAUUGUGAGAAAAUCUGCCUCACGACGUUUAAUCUACACUUUAUUUCAUAUAUGAAGCUGUGGAUCUCUCAAAGUUCUCAAGGAAUUGUCAAAUAUUUUUUUAUCUCUUAUCAGAAACUGAUAUGUUGGAAUCGUGACAAAGUGAGAUGGCAGGAAGAGAACGGGAGGAAAGUUCCAAUCAGCUAGUAGGUGCGACGUCCAGGUUAGAUGAAGAAAGGAGGACGUGUUGGGUUUGCUUUGCCACUGAUGAUGAUGACAGUGAAGCAGAGUGGGUACAUCCUUGCAAUUGUCGUGGUACAACUAAGUGGGUUCAUCAGUCCUGCAUACAACGAUGGGUAGAUGAGAAACAAAAAGGAAAUCCUUCCGGCCGUGUAACUUGUCCACAGUGUGGAACAGAAUACAUAAUUUUAAUUCCUAAUGUGGGUACAGUGGUGUUUAUACUAGACACACUUGAUAGUAUUGUCAUAAAAGUGUGCCCUUUCAUGGCUGCUGGCAUUGUUGUUGGAUCCAUAUAUUGGACAGCAGUGACAUAUGGCGCAGUGACGAUCAUGCAGGUGGUAGGUCAGGAUGAAGGUAUGUCUGUAAUGGAAAAGGCAGACCCUUUUGUGCUGCUUUUUGGACUGCCUAUGAUACCUAUGGUAUUAAUUGUUGGAAAAACUCUUCACUGGGAGGAUGCUGUCCUAAAUUUUUUGCGACGACAUUCGUACAAAUUACCUCUUCUUAAAUACAUUCUUCCAUCAGGGCCUUCAGAGGGAACACGGAGCAGUGUAGAAUUUCCUCCCAUGAAUGAUCCCGUUUCUGCAACACGGGUGCUUUGUGGAGCCCUUUUGUUGCCAACUGUGGCAUCAUUAGUUGGAAACAUUUUCUUCGAAACUGUAGAGUCAAAUAUUCAUCGAACAUUGUUGGGUGGAUUGGCAUUCGUCGCUGUCAAAGGUGUGUUAAGAAUAUACCAUAAACAAAAACAGUAUGUUCGACAAACACGUCGCAGAAUAUUGGAUUACACGGAAGCGAAUCGUAACGCUGUCAGAAGGGAAGCAGGAGCAGCUAAUCACUGAAGUCACUGUCAGGUUAUUGACUGAGAAUUGGCAGUUCCUUGCUGUUUGCAUAUUGUUGCAAAUUAAAAUUUCAAGUAACUGGUGUGAAACUUGCAGAGUGUGAGCCAGGUGAUGAAUCGAAUAACAAAAUUGUCCAUGAUAAAGUGUUUAGUGAUAACUUUGUUUACAAUUGUUACUGUAAAAUAAAUUAAAAUAUAUGAAACCUGUGUAUCAUUCACUUGCUUUCAUAGAUAUUUUUGUGUCAGGAGCACUACAACCAAAAGCAAUCAGCAUUGUUUGUUUGGAAAUUUGCACCUAUGAUUAUUUUGUGGGCUUGUAAACUUUAGUGACUACUGUUUUCUUUAUACUUUUAUCUUUUUUGAAAAGAGGAUUUGGUUUAUGUUUGUUUUGUUGACCCAACAAAUUUGUAAUAUUCUUGUGGAGUAUCUUAAUUACACAUCUCCUAAAUCAAGUUUCCAAAAUUUUAGUACCCAUUGUUAUUUGCAGAUACUUAACAAAUAUUGAUGUUUGAUCCUUGUUGGAGAAUACUCAGUAUCUUUUUAAGUUUUGUUGUUUCCUUAUGGGACUGAAAAUUUGUAACCGGUUUUGGUUAAUCUGUGUGGUUAUUGGAUUAAAAACCCUGCAUUAAAA